AUGUGUGCAGCGGCUUUCGCAGUUGUAUAUGGAUCGGAUCACCCACACCGUGUAGGAGUCAGAGAUAUGUACGUAACAGUAAAAACAUUAAAGAAAGAAGUAGCAAAGCAUUUUAAUAUCAAUCAUCCAUUUGAAUUAAAAUACGAUGGACAAGUGCUUAACACUGAUGAUCAGUUAUGUGGACUAGAGCUGGAUCGAUCGCACACUAUUAUUGUUACUCCUCCGCCACCUAGAAAGAACAAUUACGCGACGAGAAGUCAUACACGGAAUUCUAUCAAUCCAUUUUCUUGCAAUACGCCAAGAACUAAACGUAAGGAACCACCAGUUCAUGAAAUAAUCUAUGAUGAGAUUAUAAAACAAGAAGAAAGAAGGAAAAUAUUACAGCAGUAUAGUGAUAGCGACGAAGAUGUUUAUGAAGAGAAAAAAGUAAAAAAUUAUGAAAAUGACUUUGAGGCUUCAGAUGUUUCGAGUGAUUAUGACAAUGAAAAUGAAAAACAAUAUAAAACUGAUAAGAUAGUAACACAGAUAAAACUUUCCAAAGUUAACGAUAAUACCAAUAAACAACAAAAGCAAACUCUUUCUGGUAAUAGAAAAUGUCUUCCUUUAUCGGCAGUAGAUGGUCAUAAAAUAUCACUGUCACAUCAAAGACAUAAUAAUGUUCCAUUAUCGAAUGUUUAUGGCAACGUAGAGACGUCAUCGAGCGCUGUUAAUCGUCGUUCAGUGAGAAAUACUACUAAUGGAAUUGAGGAUGAUUAUUCGCAACCAUCAUUCCCAUUGCCGCUACCAUCACAUUGUCCAUCUGAUGCUGAUAGUCGUCAGUUAUCAAAUCCUGUUGAUAAUCAAUAUUAUAUAUUACCCACAAAGAACAUUAUAGAAAUAACUGACGAUCAUUCACCUAACAUAUCGGAUGAAAAUCGAUUUCCAACAAGUAGACGGCGUCGGAGUUUAUCAGCAAAUCCAAGUCGAUCGGAGGCUCGUGAAAUAUCAGAUUAUGAUAAUGAUAAUAAUGACAAUAAUAGCAGAAAUACUAAUGCCAACACUGAUACACUGAAUAAUCAAGAUAUAGUAAUAUUAAAUAUCCGAACAUUAAAUAGUUCAUAUGAAAUUAAAAUAUCAAAAACGUCUACUAUACAAAAAUUAUUUCAAAUAAUGUGGAAAGAAAUGAAAAAAACAAAAGAUCAAAUCUAUACUGAAUCAACGCAUUCAUUAUUAGUAUUUAAUCAUCGCAUGCAUAUAUUUACUAAUUCUAUUAUUGACUGUACGAUAGAUGAUCUGUUAAAACUGCAGCCAUCAUCUAGAGGAGAAGAAAAUGCAAACGAUCAACAUCAAACAAAUUUUUAUUUGUAUGCAUUAACAAAAGAACAAGUUGAUACAAUGUAUACAUAUGAAACCAAUUUGAGAAAUAUUUUUUGUAAUAUGGAUAAUUGGUGGAAAUCAGUAUCAUUUUUAAACGAAAGAAAACAGAGUGAUUUUUUACAAAAUGAUAUUUCACAAAGUAUAUUUUUAAGUAGUUUAUUUUGUUUACGUACAUAUUUAUUUACAAAUGAUAAUAAUGGUAAAGAAGGUAUUAUACAGACAACACAAGCGCAAUUCUUUAAAAUAUUAAGAAAAUAUUUAUUUCCACCAGCUGUUUUAGCAUUAAAACAUGCAUUUGAUGGUCAAUUAUUUAAUUUUGAAAAGGCACUUAUUACUGAUUCAUUUAUAAAAUUAUUAACAUUGGUUUGUCCAAAAAAUGUUGUUGACAAUGAAUUAUGUUCAUAUAUACCAUUAGUAUUUUGUUGGAUACUGGAACAAAAAAACUUAAAAGAUUCAAAAGCUGAUUAUUAUACUGAUGUUGAAUUAGUUAAAUAUUGUGAUAAUGGUCAAACAUUACUUAUUAAUAAUCCUGUUACAUGUUCACCGAUUGAUCAGAAUCCUUUAGAAUUAUUAGAUAUUGAUGAUAUACGAAAUAAGAAAUCAUUUAUUAAACAUCAUGUUGAUAUUCGUACUCUAAUGCAAUAUAUAAAAAAGCCAAAAUAUUUUACUGAUAAAAAACAAUGUCAAAUUAAUGGUUAUAGAAUAUAUAAUCCAUCCGAAAUAAUAAAUGAUACUGACAAUUUUAUUGAUCGAUUUACAAGUGAAAAAUUAAGAGAAAUGUAUCGUACAAUGCAAGUAAAAUAUCGAAUAUUAACAUUUAUUACAAAAAAUUCAAUAUCAUUAGAUGUUAGAAAUCAACUUGUACUAUUGCAAAAUAAAACUGUUUGUUUAUUAUUUGAGUACACCAAAGGAAAAAAAAAUGUAGCCAAUUCUUCGAGUAAUACUGUCAAUCAUUAUUUUCGUUUUUAUAAUACAAAUGAGCCAGAGGAAAGAAUAAUCAAUUCUAAAGACAUAUUUGAUGAUAAUAAUGAAAAUUUACCUCCUAUUAUUAAUAAUUUGAUAUAUGAUAAAGAAAAUAAUCCUCGACUAUAUCAUAAUCGACCGAUUGAACAGAUAACUAUGGUAUUAUUAGAUGUUAGUAAAUCUAUGUUUAGAAAACAUAAUGCAAAUGAUCAACAUUCACAAACAACAAUGGAUAAAAGUCGAAUAAUGUUAGGGAAUUUAACAGAUAAUUUAGUAAUAGGUGAUUAUCCACAUGUCAUUGGAUUAAUAACAUUUGGUAAUAAUAUUGAAAUUAUAUGUGAUUUAACGCCCGAUACAGCAAAAUUUGAACAUUCAAUUAAUAAUGCUAUUAAAGUUGAAGAAGAGUGGACACGCUUGUACGAUGCAAUUGAUAAAGCGAUUGAUUUAAUGGUAUCAUUCAUACAAACAAAAUCUUCGAAAAAAGUCAUUUUAACACAAGCUUGUAAAAAAUUAAUUAUUUGUAUAUCUGAUGGUGUUAACAAUAGAGGUAAAACAACUAUACAUGAUUUACAGAGACGUACUACGCAAAAUAAUAUUGUUGUGGAUUUAAUAUCAUUUUUACCAGAAAAAAAUCUUGAUAACAAUAGCAAAAAAAUUCUUAAAGAUACAGAAAAAUUAUGUGAAAAUACAUGUGGUUAUGUUUAUAAAAAUUUACCAUCAUCAACAUCAGUUGAAAUCGAAACAACAUUUGAACAACAAGCAGCUGUAUGGAUAGAUGACCGUUCAACGACUAAACAUGGUGCUACGAUGAAACCUGAAUGCAAAAUGCCAGAAAAUUUAAAUAUAUAUGCAUAUAAAAUGCCUAAACGUGACACAUUUCAAAGUGGCAUUAUUACAACGAACCAUUUCAAAAAAAUUUAUAAGGAAGCCAACAAUGUUUAUAAUUCAAAACUCGAUAAUAUUGAUCUGUAUAUUUGUCAAAAAAAUAUUUCAUUUUGGAAAGUAAUCGUAACCGGACCAUAUGCCACAGAAUAUCGUGGAGGGUAUUGGAUGAUGUAUGUUGAAUUUUCAGAUGAUUAUCCUCAAGUACCACCCGUUGUACGCUUUCUUACACCAAUAUUCCAUUGUAAUAUUCGUGGUGAUGGAAAAAUCUGUCAUGAAAUGUUUAACACGGAUGGAUGGGCACCAACAAUGACAAUGGUACAAGUAUUUGAAGAAAUAUUAUCAUUACUUGAAUCGCCAGUUCCAACAACUGCUAUAGCAAUUGAAAAAGCUACAUUGUAUAAUGCUGAUAAACAACAUAAACAAUAUGAAGAUGAGGUUAAAAGGUGGACAUUACAGUACGCAGCGAAAUCAAAAGAACAAUUGAAAAAAGCAUUUAGAAUGGAAGACAAAGAAUAG